AUGCGACUAGAAGCGUUCAGCGACGCCGACUUUGCCGCCGACAAUACGGACCGGAAAUCAAUGACGGGCGGCAUCGUGAUGCUGAACGGGAUGGCCGUCAGCUGGGGUGCGCGGAAGCAGGGAGACGUCUCCCUGUCGACGAUAGAGGCGGAACUUGUCGCGGCGAUUCAAGUCGCAUGCGAGCUAGUCGGCCUGCGCGAGAUGUUGUGCGAAGUGGGCAUCGCGGGAGAGACAUCGUCGCUGAAGGCAAUACAUGUGGAUGUGCGCCUUAAGCUCCAUUGCGACUACUCGCGUCGCGGUAUCAUCACGGCGAGCUAUGUCAGAUCGAAGCAGAUUCUCGCAGACCUCUUCACGAAGGCGUUGGACGAAGCUCUCGACAUGCGCGCACUCGUGCGCAUUUGUUAA